GUGUGUAUUCUUUUUUUUUGUUUAAAAAGUUUUCAUUUGCUUAAAGAAUGUAAAUUUCGGAUCAAGAUAAAAAACACAGGUUUCUGUCCAUCUAGUAUUGGUGCUCUGUGGCUGGCUUUGUUUUUGUUCUACUAUUACUCUAUUAGUAUUACAAUUAGUAGAAGACUAGAACUAAUAGUACUGUAAUGUGCAAACCUGUUAAUUACAGACUUGCAGCCAAGAUGCCUGUACACAACAGCCAAAUAGAAAUAGAAAUAGAAUUAUAAAACCCUCUCUCAAAUUCUCAACUUGCAGUACCAGCCAGACAGACAACUAUUAUUCUGCUUUACAGCCCACACAAAAAAUUCCUAAAUUAAUCUUCUUCUUCUUUCUUUAACAAGAUUGAAAGGAUUGACAGACAAACCUCACACACACUCUUCCUCUUUUUGUGUUCAUAUAUAUGCUAUUUUCCUUGCAUGGGUUUUUCUCUCUGAGUUAUCAGAAGAAUAUGAAAGGGCUUUAGUUUGUAUUUAAUUUAGUUUAGUAGUGGGUCUACUCUACUGGUCAUAUAUGUUUACAUUGAUGAAGUUGAAUUGGGUGGUUUGGUAGAGCCGAAGAGGGGAGUGUUGUCGGCGCAAGGUCACUUUCUGUCGGCAUUGUCUGUAUCCAACGAUAUAUGAUACACAUCACUGCAUUUCCCCUUUUAAUAUAAUCAAAGAUUGAUGCUUCCCGGCUUCAUUUUUGCCUACAUAUUCAUAUUCAUUUCGACCGACCUGCAUAUAUAUAUAAUUAUAGCAACUGCAAGUCUCCACUUUGAUCAAAUACCUGGAUUUCUCUGCUUUUGAUUUGAUGCGGACAUCACUUUACCUCUUAAUUCCCUGUUGUUUGGAUUUGGGUGUCUCUUCUUUUCUUGCUGACCAUCUCUGAUUUGCUUGCUCCUCUUUUUACCACAAACACUUGUUUGUAUUCAGCUCACCCUUCCGUUUGGGAAUGUGGGUGACUUUUCAUUUGGUUGACAAUUGUUUUGCGAGGCUCAUUCCUGUUGUCAUUGGCAAAUGAAGCUCCAGUUUUUAGGCAUCUGGCUGGGUUACUUCUCUGGCAGUACAGGUUCAAUGUCUGAUAAUUCCUUUUACAAAAAUACUACCCCCCAUAGUUGAAGCCGUUCCCAUACCCAAAUGUCAGCGUCUCUUGCAGCAAUACUUGGAGCUGCUGCAGGAGCCGUGGCAUUGGUGGGGAUAAUUAUCAUACUUAUCGGGUUCUGUCUUCGCAAUAGGAGUGUUUCGAGAACUUCUGAGACAGGUUCUUCUGAUCCAUCUGUUCAAGUGGGAAGACAUGGUGGGGUUGAGUUGUCAAUACGAGAAACAAGGCGUUUUCAGAUGGAAGAAUUGUCUCUGGCCACAAAAAAUUUUAGUGAUACAAAUUUGAUUGGGGUAGGAAAAUUUGGGGAGGUGUAUAUGGGUUUUCUUCAUGACGGGAUGCUUGUAGCCAUCAAAAAGCGAUCUGGAUUACCUAGUCAGGAGUUUAUUAAUGAGGUAAACUAUCUCUCAGCUAUUCAGCAUCGGAAUAUUGUUACUCUGUUGGGCUACUGCCAGGAAAAUAAUCUGCAGUUUCUUGUGUAUGAGUAUAUUCAUAGUGGAAGUGUUUCGAGUCACUUAUAUGGCACUGGUCAGCAUGUUCGUGAAAAGCUAGAAUUCAAGAAUCGACUAUCAAUAGCUCUAGGGGCAGCUAAAGGCUUGGCUUACCUUCACUCUUUGAGUCCUCGUCUGGUGCAUAAGGACUUUAAAACAGCCAAUGUUCUUGUAGAUGAAAAUUUCAUUGCUAAGGUUGCAGAUGCAGGAAUUCGCAAUUUCUUGGGAAAAGAUAUGGCAGGCCCAUCUUCUCAAGUGAUUACUGAUGAGAUAUUCCUUUCUCCAGAGGUAAGAGAAUUUAGACAAUUUUCUGAAAAAAGUGAUGUAUAUAGCUUUGGGGUCUUCCUUAUGGAGUUGGUAAGUGGCAGAGAAGCAGCAAAAUUGACAUCUUCUGACUCGAAUCAGAACAUUUUGGAAUGGGUGCAAAAUAUCCAAGAUGAUGGCAAUAUUUCCAGCAUGAUCGAUGAGAGAUUGGGGAAUAGCUUCACAGCUGAAGCUAUGGAAAAGUUGAUACAGUUGAUAAUAAGAUGUGUAGAAGCUUCGAGUGAAAGGCGACCAGCGAUGAGCUAUGUGGUAAUGGAACUAGAGGGGAUACUUGAGAAAGAGAUGAGCUUGACAACAAUCAUGGGGGAAGGAACCUCGACUGUGAUCCCAGGAAGUCAGUUAUUCAGAGCAACAAAAUAAAGGCCAUUCUGUGCAUCCCACCCAAAUUACCAUUAAAGAGUGUGAUAUUUGUGCAAUACUAUUUUUCUUUCCUUUUGUUUUAGAAAAAAGAAAGAAAAGAAAAAUCACUUUUUAUUUGAAUUUUUUCAUUUUCUGUAACAUCUCGGAAGAAGUGUAUAAAGAACAGCUGCAUUAUUAUUUUUUUGAUCGUUUUGUUUAUGCUACACAGAUGUAUCUUGUUGUACGUAAAACUAUUAUUGAUAUUAAAUUCAAGGUUGAUUAUGGUUUGAGUUAA